UCAAUGAGAGUAAGGUAGCGCUCCUUUCCUUAAACAGACUGUCGGCGGAGUCUCAACGCCACAUCUGGCGGUGUAAUACAUUUCUUAAACGAUCAGGUAUUUGUUUGCUUACACUUUGGAUAACGGAGAAAAAAUAGAUAAAUACAUAAAACACUAAGGGAACAGUGCUUCAUCUGAGUGGAUUGCAUAUCGGAGCGUCUUUCUUUUCAAAGCUAUAGGGUUUAAAGUUAACGGUGCAGCGACUGUAAAUCCCCGAGGCUGGGACAUUUUCCUCUAUGUAACGCAGCUGUUUUUACGCUGGAUUUUUACCCCACUGGAUGUUUGUAUAACACUAUGGAUACGCCGAGGGUGUGUGGAUAGACUAUGCAUUGUCUAAAAUGGGUGCACAAAAUGGGAAACAGUAUGGAAGUGAGGGCAAAAUCAGCUCAAGUGUCUCCUCCGACGUGAGCUCAGGAGGUACGGACCACACGCCUGAAAAGACCCCCAAGGACGCCUGCACUGAAGAAGUGAUCCUAACUCCCAGUUCCGACUCCCAGUCACCCUUGACCUCGCUGAAUGGCCGCACGUCUUCCAAUUACUCGUCUUCUGUCACCGCGGAGACAGUUGCCCUCGUGCACUCUCCACCGGACAGCCCCAAGACACACAUUGGCAGUGAUAAGGAGCAUCGAACCCCUAUAAACCGUCUCCCAGACCACGUCUUGCUACAGAUCUUUGCAUGCCUGCCCACGGACCAGUUGUGCCGCUGUGCCCGGGUUUGCCGCCGCUGGUAUGACCUGGCUUGGGACCCGAGGCUAUGGCGAACCAUCCGGCUGCCAGGGGAGUUGCUGCACAUCGACCGAGCCCUGCGGGUGCUUACGAGCCGACUGUGCCAGGACACGCCCAACGUGUGCCUCAUGCUGGAGACUGUGGUGGUUAGUUGCUGCCGGCGGCUCACUGACCGCAGCCUGUACACGUUGGCGCAGUACUGCCCAGAGCUCCGGAGGCUGGAGAUGGCUGGAUGCUACAACAUCUCCAAUGAAGCCGUCUUUGAAGUGGUGUCCCGAUGCCCCAACCUGGAGCACUUGGACAUCUCAGGCUGCUCCAAGGUGACCUGCAUCAGCCUGACGCGGGAGGCCUCGCUGAAACUCUCCCCGGCGCACGGCCGCCAGAUCUCCAUCCGCUACCUGGACAUGACGGACUGCUUUGCGCUGGAGGACGAGGGCCUGCAUACCAUCGCGGCGCACUGCACGCAGCUGACCCACCUGUACCUGCGGCGGUGUGCGCGCCUUACCGACGAGGGCCUGCGCUGCCUAGUGCUCUACUGCCCCGGCGUGCGCGAGCUCAGCGUCAGCGACUGCCGCUUCGUCAGUGACUUCGGCCUGCGCGAGAUCGCCAAACUGGAGGCCCGCCUACGCUACCUGAGCGUGGCGCACUGCAGCCGCAUCACCGACGUGGGCCUGCGCUACAUUGCUAAGUACUGUGGCCAGCUGCGCUACGUCAAUGCCCGUGGAUGCGAGGGUCUCACGGACCACGGCCUGGAGUACCUGGCCAAGAGCUGCCCCAGGCUCAAGUCUCUGGAUGUGGGCAAGUGCCCCCUAGUGUCGGACGCCGGGCUGGAGCUUCUGGCGCUGCACUGCUUCCACCUGAAGAGGCUGAGCCUGAAGGCCUGCGAGAGCAUCACGGACCGCGGCCUCCGGGUGCUCGCCGCCAACUGCUUCGACCUGCAGCUCCUCAACGUGCAGGACUGUGACGUGUCGUUGGGGGCGCUGCGCUUCGUCAAGCGCCACUGCAAGCGCUGCAUCAUUGAGCAUACUAACCCCGCCUUCUUCUGAAGAGCUACAUGCAUGGAGCUGCCUUGUCAGUCCUUUCCGGAGGGUUCUGGAGGAAAUGGGCACUUCCGAGAAAAUGUGCAAUACUUGGCCUUUUUUAAUUUACAUGAUAAAAAAAAAAUGCGCUUUAAUACCGUAUAUAUAAAUGAAAUCUGGAGAAAAUGCUAAGUAAUUUCAUUCUAUUGCUAAUGUUUAUAUUUUGAUUUAAUUUCCUCUAAAAUGAUGCAAUACUUAACUAAAUAUUUAACUAAUUAACUGUUGUGCUCCACGCCGUACACCAUUCAAUUAUAUCUGAGCUUGUUCUUGCAGUAUCUUGCAUGGGUUCACUUGUAGUUUGCCACAUCUGAGAUUUAAAAAGUUCUUAUCAUAUCUGUUUCCUUAAGCACCUUGAUUUAUCCAUCCAUUUAUUCUUUACAUACUGUAGAGACGCUGAUUAACCUAACAGCAUGCCUUGAGUGCAGGAGAAAACCAGAGAACCUUGGAAACCCCACAGAACUUGCGGAGAAGAUGAAAACUCCACAUACACACAGAACUGGGAAGAGAAAUCAAAAUCCAGUACUACUAGGGUGACCAGAUAAUCCAUGUCAGGGAGGACACUUUGAGCUACUUCGGGUUUUACAAACUACUUCCAAAUUAAAAGGCUCCUGUGCUCGGCUAAAGAGUUC